AUGCUUCAUUGUUUUGAUGAACCUCUACUUUCUCGACCACAAAGACUGAUCAAGACACGCCAUAUUCACUCUCAACAGCGAUCUCGAUUAUAUUCCACUUGUGCAGCUGUAUCAUCCUCUUCCAAUUCCACAUUAUCUUCAUUAUCAACAACUACCGAUCUUCAUGAUAAACCCAACAAAACUCGUUCUUUCGACAUACCCCCACCUGCUCGACUUUAUGGUGCACUAGCAAUUUUCAAUCGGACAGAUCAUGUAGUUCUAUCUCAUCUUGAAGAAGCCUUACGAUUACAACAAGCUGAAAAAGCAUGGCAACUAUUUUAUCUCAUGACUGUACCCUAUCACCAUUGUACUGAUCUAUAUGCACUACUAUUGUUUGCUCAAGAACUGACGACUCAUCCGGAUGUGAUUGCGAUGCGACAACAACAACUGGACAAGGUAGCGACUUAUGUAGAAGAACAACUAGGACAGCCCAAGCAUUUAUUUAUAGAAUCGAUCUCUCGCCGGCCUAUUCCCACAUACAAAAAGUUUCAGCAAGCCUUACGACGCAAACAUAGGAUAUUAGCAUGGCGAUAUUAUUUACAACUGUUGGAAGAAGAUAAGCUGGCGGCGCCGAUGAUGAUAACACGGAAUCGUUAUUUGAAAUUAUUAUCUUUAUUGAUGGGUACAAGCCGAUAUUAUCUCAAGGAGUAUCGACGACAGGCAAUGGUACAUAAGGUGACAACUCAACAUGAAGGCAUACCUUGUGAAUAUGGUAGAACACUGACGGCGGAAGCGAUAGAAUGGAUAGCCAAGAUAUAUUGUCAAUACGAUCAUGAACGACCCAAACUAGGACGAAAACUGGUUAAAGAAUUUCUUCGCCAACAUCCUGAACCUGCUCCAGAUACCAUCGAUGAAUUGAUUUGGCGUGUGAUUCCUUAUGAUUUACGGACAGCUCAAAUGAUUUUGGACACCAUGCAUACCCGGGAUUUAAUUCAAAACGAAACGACUUACUGCAACCUCAUCAAGGCUUAUUCAUCACAACGGAAAUACAGUAAUGCUCUCAGUGUGUUUGAACAGAUGCUUUCCAUUGGUGUGACUCCUUCUAUCGUAUCAUUCAAUGCUGUAUUACAUACUUUUGCCAAACAAGGACUUACGGAACAAGCGGUUUAUAUUUGGGAUACAAUACAUUCUAGACAACUUAUUCCUGAUGCUGCCACAUUUAGUGAAAUGAUUCUCUGUUUUGGUCAUAGUGGACAUUUGAAAAUGUGUCUUCAUUAUUAUCAUCUCAUGGUACAACAACAAAUGCAACAACAACAACAAUUAUUAUUGAUGAAGAAGGAUACAACAACUACGACAACAACAACAACAAAUUCUGUAGUGACACCCAAUUUGUAUACAUUUAGCAUACUGAUUGAAGCUUAUGGAAAACGGAACGAUUUAAGGGGCGUGUUGAAAUGGUUUCAUACAUUAUUACGGCAAGGAUUGACACCAAAUGAAGUAAUUGUAUCGAAUGUUCUCAAGGCACUAGGGAAACAUCAUCACCAACACAACAUGAUGGAAGCUGUACAACGUAUCGCCAAACAAUGCAUGAUGGCUGGCAUCAAAUCUGAUACGGUAUUAUAUACCUUACUAUUGACAUUACAAGCAACAUCAAUUUCAUCAACUAUAUCACGAUCAUCAUCAUCAUCAUCAUCAUCAUCAUCAUCAACAAUAGAUGACAGUGAAUUGAAUUUCGUGUUACAAUCGCAUCGUGAAAUGUUGGCAAAAUGUGUGGAACCCAACGCUUAUACCUAUACAGCAUUGAUCGGAUUAUGUGGACAACAUGGAUAUAUGGAUACAGCUCAACAGAUCUUUGAUUUGAUGCAACAAUCAGAACAACAUCAACCUACGACAGCGACUUAUUGUGCUAUGUUGGAAUUAUGUCGUGUGAUGAAUCAAAAAGAGCAAGUAGAUCUUCUCUUGUAUGAUUUUUUGGUUCAAAGUAAAUCAAAUGGAACUCAUGGCAAUCGAUUAUGGGUAGAUACCAGAUUAAGAAACCAAUUCCGGUGUUACCAUGGCUGUUAG